UGGCUUUGCAUUAUUCAAGCUUAUUGAGGUGCUGUCAUUAGUCAACUCGAAAUGGCGUCUAAUCUUCCGACUUCGACAAUUGUACGUACCUGCUUCAACUGCGGUGAUCCCGGUCACUUCGCGAGGUGGUGUCCUCAUCGUCAGCAGGGAGUUAAUCCAAGUAACGCUCUCGUUCCUACUGCUUCUACUCCUCUUCUCACUCUACCUUCCUCUUCCUCUAAUUCUAACGUCGGAGUCGUGGCCACACAGUACAAGAAUACCGGAUGGUACGACGCAAAACAGAGGUUGAUCAUACUGGAAAGCACUGUUGCAGAGAUGAAGAUUCGACGUGAUGCAGAGAUCGAGAGAGAGAAGACUCGGAAAGAAGAAGAAGAGAAGAAGCAGAAAGAGAAGGAGGAAGAGGAGCGGCGUAGCCGUGAGAAGAAAGAUAGGGAAGAAUUUCAAGCACAGAUGAUGGAGACUAUGAAUUCACGAAUGGACAAGAUGGACGAGUCUAUUAACAAGAAGAAUGGGGGAGACGCUAAAUCUGAAGUUGAAACACUUCGCAAGGAGGUAGAACGCUUGCAGAAGUUGCAGAUUCAAGGCGCAUCUUCCUCCACAGUGGCAAAGAACACCGACAAUGGCGAUCUGAUUUGCAGAAUGCUUCGGGAACAGGAAGCUAUGAAGGUGCGUUUGGAAGAAGCAGCUAGCAUGCAACGGAAACUAGAUGCGAUGGUCAAAGAGGUAGAAGCUUUGAGGCAUGGUGCAAAUUUUGCUUGUUAGCAUAUCCCAACUGAAAAAUAUGUGAAACGAUUGAGCAUAUCUUUAUGCAAUGUCCUAGUACGGUUUUUUUAUGGAGACAUUGGGACUUCAGAUGGAACAAACUUACAGGAAAAGU